UCUCAUAUUAUUAAAUAUUAUUGUGUGUGUGUACAGUGUGUUGAAAAUGCAAAUUAAUACCACUGCUAACACAGCACUGUUUCUCCAUACCGGGUUUGCAAUUAUACAUCGUUAUGUAUCGCUUUACACUUAGUUUUACGCGCCGUGUUGUUUAUCACGACCAGUAGGUCUAUAUGGAAACUUUGCAGUAAAUCGGGAACAAAACUAGUUUCACGUCUGAGGGUUGGUAACGAGUUUUUGUUCCUGCAGUACAGCACGUUGUUGUGGAUAUAUGAUGCAGAACUAGCCAUUUGCAACACUGUUAUGUAAUUAAAAGUUGGGUUUUUUUCAGUUCUGUUCUGGUUUUGUAACUUCACAAGUUGUAUAACCUUUCAUUAUGAAACGAGCGGCUGUGUUGCUCUCAAACUCCGCCCAUUCCAGCCAGGACUCGCUGAUUGUUAUGAAAGAGGCGGCUCUCAAACUCCGCCCAUUCCAGCCAGGACUCGCUGAUUGUUAUGAAAGAGGCGGCUCUCAAACUCCGCCCAUUCCAGCCAGGACUCGCUGAUUAUUAUGAAAGAGGCGGCUCUCAAACUCCGCCCAUUCCAGCCAGGACUCGCUGAUUAUUAUGAAAGAGGCGGCUCUCAAACUCCGCCCAUUCCAGCCAGGACUCGCUGAUUGUUAUGAAAGAGGCGGCUCUCAAACUCCGCCCAUUCCACCAGGACUUGCUGCAAGCGGCCCAGAGCAAGAUAGCAGCGGGGAAAUGGGCAGAAUGAAAGCUGCAGUUACGGAAGGUUCGGGGACCUUCGUGUUGUUGACGCUCCUGAGCCGAAGAUGGGGCGGAACUGGCUACCGGCGUCAGAACGUGCAGAGCGGGCUGGUGACCGCGUGGGGUCUACGGCUCGGCUCCUUUCUGUUUUUGAGGAUUAUGAACGAGGGGCUGGAUCGCCGCUUCAAUAAAGUGCGGGACAGUCCCGGCACCUUCUUUAUCUACUGGACCAUGCAAGCGGUGUGGGUGUUUGUGACCCUUCUCCCCACCCUGAUCCUGAACUCGGAGCAGCGGGACCGGCCCCUGGGGGUCCGGGAUUACCUGGGCUGGGGUCUGUGGGCGCUGGGUUUCGCCACGGAGGGCAUCGCCGACCAGCAGAAAUGGAGCUUCAAAAAGGACCCCGAUAACGUGGGCAGGUUUAUCCGGAGCGGGUUGUGGGCGUACAGCCGGCACCCUAACUACCUGGGAGAGAUGCUGCAGUGGACGGGUCUGUACCUCUCUGCCUCCUCCGUGAUGCAGGGAGCCCAGCACCUCAGCGUGGUCUCCCCGCUCUUCCUCUACUUCCUCCUGAAUUACGUCAGUGGGGUCCCCAUUCUAGAGAAACAGGCCCUCAAGAAGUGGGGCAGUGAUCCAGACUAUCAGGAGUACAUGAGGAACACCCCAGUCCUCUGGCCCUUCACCAGAUAGACCCUAAUUCAGUGCUGGACAAGCUUUUCCUACUGCCUGCUUCAAUGCCUAACUGAACGGUAGAAAGCGGCACAUUAUUGUAAAAGCAACAAUACAUGUUUCUAAAAUACCUUUUAAAUUCUGCAUCUUUACCAAAUCUAACAUGCAUAACCAUGCAUUUUCUCCUCACAACUGUAGACUACUGACAUCCAAAUUUGGCACAGCACUCUGGGCUGCCAUGGUGUGAAGGGCGCUGUAUAAAAAUACAUUUGUGUUGUGUGGGUUAUAUGCGCUUGAAGAACUAUAAUCAGACAAACAGCUCCAGAAACCGAACUGUUUAAGGUUAAGCAUCUUUCUUCUCCGAGAGAAAAAAAUGCUCAGGGCUUUUACUUUAUAGGAGUGUAACACAUUCAUGUAUGUGUCAUUUUUGUUACAAAUGUUAAGGUUACUGUCUGCUAAAAUGCAACAAUCCUGCAGAUUAAAACACUUGCGAUGCUCUGCAA